GGACACGUGGCUCGAGCAGAGAGACGCCCGGAGCAGGAAGAGCGAGGCGGAAUCCGGACCCCGAGGUCGUGACGCCGAUGGACCCCGAGGUCGUGGACCACCCCAAGGAUGGUGGCCCCGAAGAUGGCGGCCCCACUGCCUUCUCCUCCUCCGAUGAAGAAAAAGAGGAAGACGACCGCUUCCAGGACAUCGCCGGAUUCUUCUCCAAGCGUCGCUGGGCCCAGCUGGGACACUGGGAGAAACUCCGCUUCCGCAACCUCAAACGCAACUCCGAGGCCCUGCUCCAACUAGGCCUGGACGCCCCCCGGCCUCCUUUCACGCGCCGCCGCGCCGGGGUCACCGGAGGGGCCCGCCACGACAGUUCCGGGGAGUCCGACAAGGAGGGGGGCCCCCCGCCUGCAGGGAAAUCCAAACGGUCUCCGGCGGGAUCAGCCCGGGAUAAAGGUCACGGGCCCCAACCCCGGAAAACCAGGAGGAUGGGGUCACUGAGGCAUCCUUCCGCCCACUUCUCCCGUCCCUUGUCGGCCCGCUUCUCCUUUCCCGUCUCCCGCUUCUCCCAUUCCUCACCCACCUGUAGCAUCCUUCCGCCCACUUUUCCCGUCCCUUGUCGGCCCGCUUCUCCUUUCCCGUCUCCCGCUUCUCCCAUCCCUUCACCCGCCUCUCCCAUUCCUCACCCACUUGUUAGCAUCCUUCCGCCCACUUUUCCCGUCCCUUGUCGGCCCGCUUCUCCUUUCCCCUCUCCCGCUUCUCCCAUCCCUUCACCCGCCUCUCCCAUUCCUCACCCACUUGUUAGCAUCCUUCCGCCCACUUCUCCCGUCCCUUGUCGGCCCGCUUCUCCUUUCCCGUCUCCCGCUUCUCCCAUUCCUCACCCACAUGUUAGCAUCCUUCCGCCCACUUUUCCCGUCCCUUGUCGUCCCGCUUCUCCCUUUCCCGCCCCAUCUUUCCCGGUGUCGCCCGCAAAUUGGGGGCUGGGGGAUGGCCCACCCCCCUUCCCCUCUCCCCGGGCCGGGGGGCCGGGGGUGGACUUUUCCUCCCAGGAGCAGGACGAAGAGGAGGAGGAGGAGGAGGAGGAGGAGGCCCAGAGGACGCCCGGGUCCCCGGGACCUCCGACGGACGCCGAGAUCUCCGGGGUCAAGGGUCCCGCCAGAGGCAUCUGCGCCGCCGGACCCCCCAGGACAGAGCCCCGCCGGGGGUCCCUCGGGGCGUCCCGCUACAGCCUGCGGGAGCGCGCGCGGCCAGUGUACACGGAGAUCAGCGAGCCCCAGGACGACGACUACUUGUUCUGCGAGGAAUGCCAGGCGUUCUUCCUGGAGGAGUGCGCCGUGCACGGGGCUCCGGCCUUCCUGCGGGACGCGGCGGUGGCGCCGGGGACGGCGGGCCGGGCGGCGGGCACGGUGCCCCCCGGCCUGCGGGUCGGGCCCUCGGGCAUCCCCGGCGCCGGGCUGGGCGUGUGGACCGGGGCCCGGGCCCUGCCGCUCGGCCUCCACCUGGGCCCCUACGAGGGCCGCCUCACCCACGACCAAGAGGCCGCCGACAACGGCUACUCCUGGAUGGUCACCAGGGGCAGGAACCGCUGUGAGUACGUCGACGGCAAGGAGGAGUCUCUGGCCAACUGGAUGAGGUACGUCAACUGCGCCCGGAACGAGGAGGAGCAGAACCUGGUGGCCUUCCAGUACCGCGGGGGCAUCUACUACCGCACGUGCCGGCCGGUGCCGCCGGCCUGCGAGCUGCUCGUCUGGUACGGCGACGAGUACGGCCGCGAGCUGGGCAUCGAGCGGGCCGCCCCGCCUCGGGGGCGCUCACCAGUCUCCCCGCCAGGUACCCCGCCGCCUUAUCCGUGCCCCGACUGCCCGCUGGCCUUCUCCGGCCCCGACCUCCUCGCCCGCCACCGGAGCUGGCGCCACCGCCGCCGGGAAGCCCUCCGGGCCGAGCCGGGGACCGGGAGGCGUUGCCUCGGCGACCCGGGCAACCGGGAAGGAGGAGGAGGACGCGCCUGCGGGGAUUGCGGGAAAACCUUCCUCUACGCCUCGAAACUGAGCCGGCACCGGCGGAUCCACACCGGGGACCGGCCCUUCUCCUGCCCGGACUGCGGGAAAACCUUCCGGCAGCCGUCGGCGCUGGCCCGGCACGGGCGGAUCCACACCGGGGACCGGCCCUUCGCCUGCCCGGAAUGCGGGAAAACCUUCCGGCAGUCGUCGGCCUUGGCCGAGCACGGGCGCGUCCACACCGGGGAACGGCCCUUCGCCUGCGCGGAUUGCGGGAAAACCUUCCUUCUGUCGUCCCACUUGAGGAGGCACCACCGCAUCCACACCGGAGACCGGCCCUUCGCCUGCCCGGAUUGCGGGAAAACCUUCCGGCAGUCGUCGGCGCUGGCCCAACACCGGCGUCUACACGCCGGGGACCGGCCCCUCGCCUGCGCGGACUGCGGGAAAACCUUCCUCCUGCCGUCCUACUUGAGGAGACACCGCCGUAUCCACGCCGGGAACCGGCCCUCCGCGUGCCCGGACUGCGGGAAAACCUUCCGCCGGGCAUCCGCACUGACCCGGCACCGCCGUCGGAUGCACACGGCCCGGCCCGGGAAUCGGCGACGGAGGGAGACGGGAGACGGGGAGCCGGAGUUUGGGAAUUCCUCCCGCGAGGCCAGUUGAAUUAUUUGAUCAUGGAGACGCGGCGACCGGCCCGGCCCGUCCGACCGGAAGCCGCGUGGCCGGGCGCGGGAAUCGGUGAC